AUGAAUUAAGAUCUCUCCAUGAAUUAGAGGUAACCAAACUCUAAAUUUCAAUAAUUUAAAUUAUAAUAAACUCAUAGCACAAACCAUUUGUCAAUCAAAAUGAUGUUUAAUUAUAAUUCUUCAAUCCUUUUCUAAAUAAAUAGAAAAUACAUAAGUGCUUAUUUUUUCCAAUUAGGAUGUCUCAAACUUAUUAAAAACUUUUUACAGGAUACAUCUAUGCAAAGAAAAAUAUAUUAUAUGGAAAAAUCAAACUAACUAGUUUUAUUCACAGUACAUGGAUAUAUUAAAGUCUCUUCAAUUGUUGGCUUAAACAAUAACAAACAUAAUUUGAAACUAAAUACUUUAGUUUUUAUUGAUAGUCUGACAAUGAAUAAGGAGGAAUCUAUUAUAAUAAUAGGCUCGCAAGGAUAGAUCGAUUUUUGGGAGAACGUAAGUUGUUGGAGAUGUAUUCAAACUUUGAUUUGCCAUAAUGUAGCUCCAAUUUAUUGCUUAUGUUUAAAUCAAUCUGAAACUUUAUUAAUCUCAUGUGCAUUUGACCGUUCUAUCAAUAUAUCUGCAAAAUAGGGUUAAUAAUGGAUUGUCAAAUAAAUAAUUAAUCUUGAUAUUCAUGGAUUUAGUUUACUUUUUAUCGAUGAUAACUGUUUUGUUUUUCAAUCUAUAGAAUUGAAAAUUUUAGUUUAUUAAUGGAAAGGUGAGGAGGAUAUUUUUGUUUAAGUUAAGGAUAUAAUUAUUCAGGGAAAAGAACAUCACUUAGAUUCCUCCAAAUUUUAGUAUAAUGCCGACAAAGAUAUCAUUCUGAAAAAAAUGGAUAAUUUCUCAAUCUAAUUAGUGGUUCUAAAGAGACUCAAUUAUUAAGUUAAUCUUCAUUUAAUUUUUAAACUAACCGAAUAUCCUUCGCACUUAGUAAAACUGCCGAUUACCUAGUAGUCUUUAACGCCUAAGAACAUUAAUUUAUUACAUAUAUAUAUAAGCAAUUUUGAAAUACAAUUACUUGUUAUUAUUUAUUAUACAAAUUUAACUUAUACAGAGAGUAUUCUUUAAUAUAAAAAUCAGAAUAGCAUUAAUUGCAUUCACAUACAUGUGUUGAAGUUUUAAACAAAUCUAAAUAAACGAAUAGAAAAUAAAUGA